AUGUCCGCCAUUGUCACCGAGAACACCAGACCUGAGCCAGAUAAGGUGCUCAAGGACAUUGCCACAUACAUCCACAACUACAACAUUGACUCCAAGUUGGCCGUGGACACCGCCAGACUCUGCUUCUUGGACACGCUCGGUUGUGGGUUGGCUGCAUUGAAGUACGAGGAGCCAAAGAGAAUCAUCGGUCCUGUUGUUCCAGGCACAGUGGUUCCAAACGGUACUAAGGUUAUUGGUACAUCUCACCAAUUGGACCCGGUCCGUGGUGCUUGGGCCAUUGGUACCAUCAUCAGAUGGUUGGAUUACAACGAUUGUUGGUUGGCUGCUGAAUGGGGUCAUCCAUCCGACAACAUGGGUGGUAUCCUUGCCGUUGCCGACCACUUGACCAGAGUUGCCAAGGCUACAGGCCAAGGCAAGGUGUUCAAAGUUAAGGACGUUCUGGAAGGUAUGAUCAAGGCCCAUGAAAUCCAAGGUUGUAUUGCCCUUGAGAACUCUUUCAACAAGGUUGGUUUGGACCACGUUCUCCUCGUCAAGGUUGCUACCACUGCGGUUGUCUCCAAGAUGCUCGGUUUGAACUAUGACCAAACCAUCGAUGCCCUCUCCCAAGCCUUUGUCGAUGGUCAAGCCUUGAGAACUUACAGACACGCUCCAAACACCAUGUCAAGAAAGUCUUGGGCUGCUGGUGAUGCCGUCUCAAGAGCCGUCAACUUGGCUUACCACGUUAAGAACGGUGAGUCCGGUAUGCCAUCUGUCUUGACUGCUAAGACCUGGGGUUUCUACGAUGUUUUGUUCAAGGGCAGACAAUUCGAGUUCCAAAGACCAUACGGUUCUUAUGUCAUGGAGAACGUUUUGUUCAAGAUCUCCUUCCCAGCUGAGUUCCACGCUCAAACUGCUGUUGAGGCUGCAUUGACAUGCCAGCAAAAGUUGGCAUCCUUGGGCAAGUCUUACAAGGAUAUCAAGUCCAUCCGUAUCAGAACCCAGGAGGCUGCUAUGAGAAUCAUUGACAAGAACGGUCCACUUUACAACUACGCUGACAGAGACCACUGUAUCCAAUACAUGGUUGCUAUCCCAUUGAUCUACGGCCGUUUGACCGCAGAUGACUACAGUGAUGCCAUUGCUUCUAACCCAGACAUUGAUGCUUUGAGAGAAAAGAUGUACUGUGUUGAAGAUGAGCAAUUCACCGUUGACUACCACGCACCAGACAAGAGAUACAUUGGUAACGCUUUGCAAAUCGAGUUGAACGAUGGUACCGUUUUGGACGAAGUUGUUGUUGAGUUCCCAAUCGGUCACAGAAAGAGAAGAGAGGAAGGUAAGCCAGUGUUGUUGGCCAAGUUUGAGAGACACGUUAAGGAGCACUUCCAAGACAAGGCUCAGGCUGAGAAGAUCUUGGAGGCCAGUGCCUCUGCUGACUUGGACAACAUGGAUGUUGACGAGUACGUUGACUUGUACGCCGUUAAGAACUAA